AUGUUCCUGUUGCGCGAGAUCGCUCACUUCGGCAUCACUGAACCCGAAGCCGACCUGCGUUGGGAGGCGCAGCUCGCAGAGGUGGGUGUUUGGGAGGCCGCAGUGGCAAAAGCCGCUGCCCAGAGGGAUCGCGAGCUAGCGCGCCAAGAGCGCGAUGAGUCCCGCGCUCGCAUGGCCCAGCAUCGCGAGCACACCAGGCGCGAGGCGGAGGCGCUGAUGGCUACUCCGCCUAGGCGCCGCGUCCAGGGCACUGCUGCGUCCCCGGCUGCCGCAUCUCCGCCUUCUGCGUCGUCUCCCAUCGCAUCUGCGCCUCCUGCGCCGCCUCCCAUGAACGCGCCGCCUGCGAGCGCCGACGCCCCUCAGCAGACAACGCCAGGGGUCGACACCAGGCCGAGCGUGCGCGAGCAUCAGCGCUCGUGCUUCAUCCAUGGCCACAGGAUGAUAUACUCCAUCACCGUAGCCAGGCCGCACUGUUUCACGUUCAGAUGCCCGCGGGCCGAUUGCACGCAGAUCUUCCAGAUGCGCCGGGACAGGGCGAUGGCGAGCGGCCCGCUACGCCGCGCCUUGGCGGCGGCGACCAGCGGGGCGAGCGCCCGAACUGUAUUUCUGUUCUUCGUGCGCGCCGGACAGGAAGUCCCAGUCGCGCUCGCGGACGCCACCGGCCAGGUCUCCCUCCACGAAAAGAAGCCCGGCAGCUAUCGGCAGCCGCCCCGAGCGCAGUCGCAGCACCGGAGCCUGGCGGAGCGCUGGCAGACAGACGCCCGGGCCCGCAGCCGCUGGGACAGCAAGCGCUGGGCCGGCUGCGACGGAGACAAGGUGCGGGGGGUUGAGCGCGAGCUGCAGCCGGCGGCCGAGCAGGUGGAGAUUCUCCAGGAGAGAGUCGCCACCGCCGAGACGAGGCUGCAGCGCGCCCUGGACGACCUCGCCGCCGCGCAGAAGGAGGCCAGGGACUACAAGAGGAAGGCCGACGCGUGGGAGAUCUUUUACCACGGAGGCGUCCACCCGGUGGACGGCGCGCUGUGGUCGGGGCGCAAGGAGAUCCUGCAGCAAGCGCAGAUCCAGGUGCUCGAGGCGAACCAGGAAGCGCGCCGCCGACGCCGAGUGGCGGAGGCCCUCCACGAGAAGAACGCGCAGCUGCAGCAGGAGCUCAACGACGCGAGGAUGAAGGCGAAGGGCAAGGGCAAGGGCGAGAAAACGGACGGCGAGCCGGCGGCCGGGAAGACCAGACUGCAGACGCACCAGAUCACUCCCGACCCGCAGCAGAUGAGCAUCCUGAACGCCGUCGCCGACAGGUGCGUCCAGGAAGCGAGCGAGCAGGACCAGCCGCGCGGAUCGCCAUGCUCCAGGCUGUUCGUCCUCGGCCUGCCGGGUUCAGGGAAAUCGGAGGUCAUCCGGCGGCUGUGCGACGAGGAAGUGGGGUUGUUCCCCACGUGCAUGGGCUGGGAGCACGAGGUGCACUUCAUGAAGACGGCUCCGAUGAAUUCCAUGGCGAGCAACAUCGGUGGGCGGACCAUACACAACUUCAGCAAGCUCGGGAUCGACCUCAUCACGGGAGUCCAGUCCGGCGGGAAGAAGGACCCAGAGUUGUCGGAGAACUUGCUGCACACGAAAAUCCAGCACAUGCGCUGGCUCAUCAUCGACGAGGUGGAGAACGUUUACGUGGAGCUGCUGGACGCCGUGCACAGGCAGGUGCAGGACUCGACGAGGGACAGGGGAAACCCUUGGGCCGUGGACGCGCGCGUCCCCAAACAGUUCGCCAUGUUCGGAGGGCUCAACCUAGUGCUGCUCGGGGACUUAUGGCAGAUCCCGCCCGUCAGGAGUCUCAGUAUUGCCGCCAAUCCAUUUGUCAAGAGACCCGCCAACGUCGGGCGCGUACUGGAGAUGUUCUGGACAGAGGGCUUGCCGCACUCGGCAACUCACCGGUACGCACUGAGCCAGUCGCACCGCUGCUCAGACCCCUGGUGGAGGAGCUUCCUUGCAGAAGCGCGCGCUGGGGAUCUGUCGGACAGGAUGUACGAUUUCGUCCACGUCUUUCCCACUGAUGUGCACGGCUCCUGGAUGCCCGCAAGCCCCGGCAGCGCCGAGGCCUCGACGGGGCACCUCGGCUGCGGGAAGGCGAAGUGCCGCACGCUCUGGUCAGUUGAGUGGCCACGGAUGUUCGGAGAGGGUCGGCCAUGGGAGGACAUGAAGUCCCUGGAGUGCGCUGAUUGCAGCGCGGAGCGCCGUCGGCGCUGCCGCGUCGCCUCUCAGAGCGAUGCCAGACAGCGGGAGGUGAGGACGGCGUUCGCGGACGCGCUGUUCGUGCACCCGUACAACGCCCCGAAUGCGGCAGCCAAUGCUGGGAAGCAGCUCCUCUGGGUGGUGGCGCGCGAUGUCCCCCUCACUCGGGGCGACGCAUGCAGGUCGAAGGAGUCGCUCGCCCACGCCAGGCAGAAUUGGCUCAUGUACCCCGAGAACAAGACUGGCGGAGUUCCGGGUGUGCUUCCGAUCUUCCAAGGGAUGCGGGCGCGGUUCACCACGACGGAGAAUGCGGAGGCGGGAGCCUGCAAGCAUUCCUGGGGGACCGUGACGGGCUGGGCCCUCCACCCCGACGACUCGAAGUUGGUGAAAGAGCACAGGUCCGAGCCGGAGUUGGUCCUGCAGCACGUGCCCGAGGCGAUCAUGGUGCAAAUUCCCGGGAACACGUCGCCCCGCUUUGGGAAUCAGCCCGCGGGUGUCUUCCCCGUGAAGGUGAAGGAGGUGUCCUGGGAUCGUAGUCCCGGCUUCAAGGCCAUGGUGAAGCGUGUGGGGUUCCCGCUGGUCCCGCAUUUCGCCGCCACGGCCCGCUGCGUCACCGGCGCCACGCUGCCGCAGGCCAUCAUCGACCUCCUGGACGCGCGCACGACGCCCCGUUCGUCCAUGGUCCCCACGGGCUACGUGGCCAUCAGCCGCACCAGGAGGGCUGACGACCUGAUCAUCACGCAGCCCUUUUCGCCAAUGCUUUUCCGCCAGGGGCGCCAGACUGGCCCGUGGCUCCUGCACUCCAUGACAGCCGGGGAGUUGACGAUGGAACAGGCGAAAGCCGGCUGGGCCAAGGCAGAGAAGGAGGCGGCUUCCAAGUCUUCCAAGAAGUUGGUGGACGCCACGUUCCAGUGCGGCGACUGCCACAAGCGAAAGAGAGCGGGAAACUUCCCGGGCAGUGGCAUCAAAACGAGCGAUCCUGUGGAGCAUGCCGUGGCGGUGCUGGGCCAGGGCGCUUGGAGGAGGUGCGCCCUCUGCGCGCAGAAGCCGGCCCCUGCGUCGGGCGCAGCUGGCGCAGCAAGCGCAGCAGCAGCGCCGCUCAGCUGGAAAGGAACAGACGCGCUCGUCUGCAAUCGCUGCAAGGAGCCCAAACCAUUGAAGAAUUUCCGACGCAGCGAGGUGAAUGAUUUGACAGGCAGAGGGGAGCUGGAUCUCGCCGUGUGCGUCGCUUGCACCCCCGAGAGGCAGCAUUUCAACGUUCUGUCGGAGGGUCGCCUUUUCAAGUGUCGUAUAUGCUUGCGCGACAAGGCAUUGACUUUGCGCGCAGACGGCCUGGGGGGAGAUGGCGCAUUCUUGGGGUCGGUGGAUUUCGAUGACGACGCGGACCUCCGCGACGCGGAGAAGGGCCAGGGCGCGGCAUACCCGCCCGCUCAGUCAGCGGAUUCCGAGCAGAAGGCUCUUUCCAUGGACCCUGAAAACAUCAGGCGGCGCAUGCGCCAGGAAGAGAAACGACUCAGCGUCGCGGGCGACCAGGGCGGGACUCGUCAGACGCGCGCUGGCGGGACGUGGAAGGCUUUCCUUGCACUGCGCUUGAAGGGCGAACGUAUGCACCCCUUGUCUUCCGACUUUGACUCAGUCGGUGAAGCCCACGCCGCGGCCAUGCGCGACCCCGUGGAGCGCGAGCGCUUGAUCGCGAAGGGUAAGGCCACGAGAUUGAAAGCGCGAUUUAGCAGCAGAGGGGCAGCAAAUGCCAGAGUUCAGAAGAGGAGAUGUCGCAGUCUCGCUUUGCGACCAGACCCGGCCUUGGACAUCGCUCUCCAGACGCCCGACAAGAUCGAGGCAUUCAGAGCCGCGAACCAGAGGCGUUGGGCCGACGCUGCGGAGGCUCAUAAGCGAGACCAGAUCGAGCAGCAGAUGUUGGCCCAGUACCAGGCCGACAUCACAGGGAACGCUCUGGCAUCCACCUUCAGUGACUUCGGCAGCUUUGUCCAGGGCGGCGUCGCGGUUAAAGCAGAGUCGGCCCAGCGCGAUUGCAUGUUCGUGGAGUGGCAGCCGCCAGCAGCCGAGAUGACGAUUCACGCGCUGCCGAAGCUGUCCCAUCGGGCUCGCGAGGUCUUGCUCGACCAGUGGUCAAGUAUUCACGAGAUGCUGCGGCGCGUCGACAUGCCCAAGAUUCCCAAACCAAAGAAGUCUAGCGUCAAUUUCGGGAACUGGCACAUGACUUUGCUCGACCUGGAGUUAGUCGACGAGCCGCUCGACGACUUCUGCAUCGCCCAGGAGUCCACCGCGCAGUUGAUCGCGCCGCUCACGUUGCGCGAGGCAGUGGAGCGCGCCCGCGCCGCCAGGCGCCAGCUGGGCCAGGCCUUGGCCCAGGCGCCGAGUGGCGCUCCCAGGGCCGCGGCGGGCGCAACAAGGCAGCCAGAGAGUUCAGAUGAUCACGCCCCUUCUCCGUCACCACCGCCAGAGCCCAACAGGUACUUGUUCAGGCGGCUAUCAGAUCCUGACGCCGCGGAGGCCGCGCCUCAGUUUCUCGCUCCGCCGAGGCAUCCCUUCUUGAAGUGGUGGACCGAGCCGCUCCUCAAUGCAGUCGCCCGACGCAUGGAGACGUUGAGGUACCACCGUGACAUGACCAUGGAGUCUAUCUGUUUUGGGUUGGGCACAGAGGUCAUGUGCGCGCGGGCUCUAGGACUGCCAAUCAAGUGCUUGUCCAUGUGCGACUUGAAAUCGCAUUACCGCUCGUUCUUGAAGCGGAACUUCGGCAACCCUGCUGCCCCAGCCGUGCGCAUUUGGGAAUCUAUGGCAGACGCUGCUGGUCAGUCAGGGCAUUGCGACAACCUCGACGCGGAGUACCAGCCCAUCCAGGAAACGAUCGCCGCGUUACUUCAGAGACCCUGUUACUUCAGAGGCGAGGCGAAGCCUGGUGACGAUUUCGAAAAGAAGAACAUCGCCGAGUACCUCGGCGCGGUCUUCGGUUGGGAAGACCGCGACACUACCCGGACUGCCGUCAGCUACAGCGCUGGGAUCAGCGCCUGCGAGAAGGGCGGGCGGAGGGGUCUGCAAGCCACGCCUGGGGCCAGGAUGGCCCCGGCCAGGCGCGGCAGUGGUGCGCAGCUGCCCUCUGCGGGCCCUAAGACGCCCGCAGAGGACCUGCGGCUCCUGCUGGACCACAGCCUGAGCGGCGAGGUCUCCGUGGGCGACAGCACGUGGAGCCUGAGCGACGGCACGCUGGUGAUCGAGCUGGCCAAGAAGGUAGACUACAGCCAAGCCGCUGGAGCUCCCGCGAGCAAGCCCAGGCCCCCGUGGUGGCCCUGCGCGGUGCGCGGCGGCCGGAGGGGGCCGGACGAUCCGAAGGCGCCUGCGAAGCCAGAGUCCACCUUGAGACGCUUGGAGGUCAAGGUCGGCGAGCAGGCCGAGAGUCGAGGGAGCUUCUCGGGCAAGAGCAAAUUCCAGUGGUGA